AUGGCCCCUUACAACAUUGUCGUGUUUGCUGGCGACUACUGUGGUCCAGAGGUUACCGCAGAGGCAGUGAAGGUCCUCCGAGUUAUCGAGAAACACCGUAGUGAUAUCGAGUUCAAUUUCCAGGAGCAUCCCCUUGGUGGUGCUUCCAUAGAUGCUCACGGCGAACCCUUGACCGAUGCUGCCUUGACAGCCGCCAAAAACGCAGAUGCGGUUAUCCUCGGGGCCAUUGGAGGACCUAAAUGGGGCCACGGUACCGUCCGCCCUGAACAGGGCAUCCUCAAACUCCGCAAAGAGAUGGGCACAUUCGGCAACCUCCGACCCUGUAGCUUCGCCGCCCCUUCACUCGUCGACAUCUCCCCGCUCAAAGCCGACGUCUGCCGCGGUGUCGACUUCAACAUCAUCCGAGAACUGACGGGCGGCAUCUACUUCGGAGAUCGCAAGGAAGACAACGGCGAUGGAUUCGCAAUGGACACUGAACCUUACUCCCGCGCUGAGAUUGAGCGCAUCACUCGUCUUGCGGCUCAUCUUGCGCUUCAACAUGAUCCCCCCCUGCCAGUGUGGAGUUUGGAUAAGGCUAAUGUUCUUGCCACAUCUCGUCUAUGGCGCAAGGUCGUCACGGAAGUGAUUACCAAUGAGUUCCCGCAGUUGAAGCUGGGUCAUCACUUGAUUGACUCAGCGGCAAUGUUGAUGGUCAAGGAUCCCCGCAAACUCAACGGUAUUGUUGUGACGAGCAAUUUAUUUGGGGAUAUCAUCUCCGAUGAGGCUAGUGUUAUUCCUGGUUCUUUGGGUCUGUUGCCUAGUGCUAGUUUGACUGGUGUUCCGGAUGGCAAGAGUAAGGUUAAUGGUAUCUAUGAGCCUAUUCACGGCUCCGCCCCUGAUAUUGCUGGAAAGGGAAUCGUCAACCCCGUUGCUGCCAUCUUGUCCAUGGCCAUGUUGCUCCAAUMCUCCCUUAACAAMCCCGCCGAGGCACGCAUCAUCGAAGAAGCAGUCCGAAACGUCACUGAGGCUGGUGUCCGAACUGGCGACAUCGGCGGAAAGUCGACUACUGUUGAGGUCGGUGAUGCCGUCGCUGCUGAGUUGGAGAAGUUGCUGCAAUAG